CUCAGCGAGCCCGGAGAGAGAAUGAACAGCAAACAGGACAAGAAGAGCCCUCUGUUGUCGUCGCAUGGGGAAGGGCCCAAGAAUGGGCCUCACCGAAAGAAGACAACAGCUGAGACAGAGCUGAUCCGGGUGGCUGUGGAACAGACUGCCCCCAGCUCAAACACUCCCGACUCAGUCAUCAUUGCCUCUCCUUUGGAGAAAUGGGAGGAGCUCAACCUCCACCCUGAAAGAAACAGCAGCAGAAAGUGGAAAUUGGAAAGACAACAUUCAUGGAGAAACUCCUCCAGCGAACAUCUGUGGUCCAUAGACUGCAAAACACAACCAGAGGCAACCUCCAUGAACUCAUUGGAAGGGAAUACCAAAGCAGAGGCAGAGCCAGCUCUAACAUUUCAAGGCCGUUUGAGUAAAGAGCGGUUCGGUGGCGGUCUCCUGUCCAGAAACCAGUCCCUGGAGGAAGAGUUUGAGCGCGCCAAGGCGGCUGUCGAGUCAGACACAGAGUUCUGGGACAAGAUGCAGGCAGAGUGGGAGGAGCUAGCGCGACGGAACUGGUUAACGGAGAACGAGCAGGCCCAGACCCCCUCCAGUGUGUCGCCUCACGAGAAGGGCUACUACUUUCACACGGACAACCCCUACAAGGACUGGCCCAACGCAUUUGAGGAGGGGUUUCGAAAGUCCAAAGAGGGAGAUCUGCCCAACGCUGUCCUGUUACUGGAGGGGGCCAUUUUACAGGAUCCCCAGGACUCAGAGGCUUGGCAAGUGUUGGGGACCACCCAGGCCGAGAAUGAGAACGAGCAGGCUGCUAUUGUCUCCCUCCAAAGGUGUCUGGAGCUCCACCCCAACAACCUCCAGGCCCUCAUGGCCCUGGCGGUGAGCCUGACCAACACGGGCAUGAGGCAGGAUGCCUGCGAGGCGCUGCUGUGCUGGCUCCGCCACAACUCCAAGUACAAGCACCUGCUGAAGAGCAAGAGACACCUGGCGGGCUCCCCGGGCUCCCAACGUAGGAUGUCACGUGUCUCUACAGUGGGCAGGAAUGAGAGCUCCCUACUAUUGCUGGAGGUCAAGGAGUUGUUCCUGGAGGCUGCCCAGCACAACAGGGAUACCGACCCGGACCUGCAGACGGGCCUGGGCGUGCUGUUCAACAUCAGCGCUGAGUUCAACAAAGCUGUGGAGGCCUUCAAUGCUGCCCUGUCAGUGCGGCCUGAGGACUACCUGCUGUGGAACCGCCUGGGUGCCACGCUGGCUAACGGGGACCGCAGCGAGGAGGCAGUGGAAGCCUACACCAGAGCCCUGGAGCUCCAGCCGGGCUUCAUUAGGUCCCGCUACAAUCUGGGCAUCAGCUGCAUCAACCUGGGAGCACACAGGGAGGCGGCCAGUAACUUCCUAACGGCUCUGAGUCUGCAGAGGAAGAGCCGGAGUCGGCAGCUCUCGCACCAGGUCAUGUCCGGGAACAUCUGGGCCGCCCUGCGGAUAGCCCUGUCCAUGAUGGACCAGCCAGAGCUCUUCCAGGCGGCCAACAUCGGAGACCUAGACCUACUCAUGAAAGCCUUCAACCUGGACAUGUGAGUGGAGAUGAGCCAUGGAGACAAGGCUCUACUCUCCUACCAACAGCCAAGAAUCCAAAGUGUACAGAUAGAAAGAGCGGUUUUGUCCAGUUGACGACUAGUGUGUGGUCUUGCACGCACUACAAGAAUUUGCCUAUCUUUACUACUCCUAAGUACCUCUGCAGUCUUGAGUACUGCAUGUGCUCGAAGAAGAGAUUAUUUUGCGAUGGAUUUGCACUGUAAUUUGUGAUUUUUCCAGAAGAUCACAAGGACGGGCAAAGAUUGUACAAGUAGGGUAGAGUGGGGUAAGUCGUGCCAAUGGGUUGGUUGAGCCACCCCUUGUUUCUAGGAAACCAUACACAAAAUGAAUCAUGUGACCAAAUAUUUAGGACGGGGUAAUCAAUUCAUGAAGUCUGUGAAGAAAGAAACCACAUGGAACAAGUGGUAAGGAAGUUAGGUCCAAGAAAACCAUUUUCACAAAGUCAAAUUAAUGUAUUAUUAUAGGUUUCAUGAUGCUUGUAUGUAAACCAAAGUAGAUAGUGGCUGCUUACAUUUACAUUUACAUUUAAGUC